UUGGUACAGUCGCCAGCGUGGUCCCCUCUCUGCUGGGAACUAUGGGCGCGAGAGGACGCUGCGUGAGCUGCAUGGCUGUGAGGCGCUUGCUGCUGCUGCUGCUGCUGCUGCUCAGCCCAGGCAUCUUUGAAAACCGCUGUGAAGCAUACAACGUUGGGCUCCAAGGAGCAAGAGUAUUUUCUGGCCCCUCGAGUGAACAAUUCGGAUAUACGGUCCAACAGCUUUUAAAUCAAGAAGGCAAAUGGUUGCUUGUUGGUUCACCCUGGAGUGGAUAUCCAGAAAACAGAAUGGGCGACGUCUAUAAGUGCGAUGUUAAUCAACCGGGAACCCAAUGUUCAAAGAUGAACUUGCAGACUUUCGCAAGUGUCCCAAAUGCUACUGAAAUAAAGGAGUAUAUGAAUCUAGGAUUAACCCUAGUAAGAAACUCAAUAACCGGAGGAUUUUUGACUUGCGGCCCAUUGUGGGCACAGCAGUGUGGGAGCCAGUACUAUGCAACAGGGAUCUGCUCUGAGUUUGGCCCAAGUUUCCAGAUCAUGAGAAGUUUCUCCCCUGCUGUGCAAAAAUGUUCUUCCCCCAUAGAUGUUGUGGUGGUAUGUGACGAGUCAAACAGCAUUCAUCCCUGGCAUGCUGUAUCGGAUUUUUUGAAAAAGUUUGUUCGAGGUUUAGAUAUAGGUCCCACAAAAACUCAGGUAGGCUUGAUUCAAUAUGGUGUUUACCCAAGAGUAGUGUUCAACCUGAGUACCUACCAAGAUAAAGAAGAUGUUGUACAUGCAAUGUCAGAAACCUUUCAGGAUGGAGGGGUCCAAACGAAUACAUUCGGCGCAAUUGAAUAUGCCAGACGUAACGCUUUCUCAAAAGAAGCUGGUGGGCGGCCAGCAGCCUCUAAAGUCAUGGUUGUUGUGACAGAUGGUGAAUCACAUGAUGGCUCGAGUAUGCAAGAAGUGAUAACUAAAUGUAAUGAGGACAACAUCACUAGGUUUGGCAUAGCAGUAUUAGGAUACUUAAUUAGACAAGACAUGAAAAUUGAAAAUUUUAUCAAAGAAAUCAAAGGAAUUGCCAGUGUUCCCACAUCAAAAUAUUUCUUUAAUGUGUCAUCUGAGGCGGCACUUUUAGAAGAAGCAGGAACGUUGGGAGAGCGAAUUUUCAGCAUAGAAGGUACUGAUCAAGGUGAUUUAUUCCAGAUGGAAAUGUCACAAGUGGGCUUCAGUGCCUCAUACUUGCAGCAAAAGGAAGUUCUGAUGCUGGGUGCUGUGGGGGCCUAUGAGUGGACCGGAACGGUGGUACAGGAGACAGCAAAACAAGCUACUAUAUUUCCCAAAGAAGCAUUUGAAAAAGUUUUGCAAGACAGAAAUCAUACCUCCUAUUUAGGUUAUUCUGUUGCUGUUCUUUCAGCGGAAAACACUGUAUAUUUUGUUGCUGGUGCUCCACGGUCCAACUACACUGGCAGAGUGGUGGUUUAUGAGAUUGAUGCCCACGGCAAUGUAACUAUUGUUCAUUCUCAAAGAGGAGAGCAGAUUGGUUCCUACUUUGGUAGUGUACUAUGUUCCGUGGACGUUAAUGGAGAUUCAGUAACAGAUGUGCUCUUGGUUGGCGCACCAAUGUUCAUGAAUGAGUUGAAAAAAGAAGAAGGGAGAGUCUAUAUGUUUUCAGUCAGAAAGGGCAUUUUGGGCAAACAAGAACUUCUAGAAGGCCCUCAAGCGACUGAAAACGCUCGGUAUGGAUCUGCUAUCACUGUUGCCUCAGAUAUCGAUUUGGAUGGUUUCAAUGAUGUGAUAGUUGGAGCGCUACUAGAAAACCAGAAUGCUGGUGCUAUCUACAUUUACAAUGGUAAACAGAGGACAAUACACACUAAAUAUUCCCAGAAAAUUUUGGGAUCAGACCCUGCGUUUGGACAGCAGCUCCAGUAUUUUGGAAGAUCAAUAGAUGGCCAUAGCGAUUUAAAUGGUGAUGGGAUCACUGAUGUAUCUGUCGGCUCUGAUGGAAAUGUGAUUCAACUCUGGUCUCAGAGUAUUGCUGCUGUGUCUAUACAUGUAUCAGCUACACCGAAGAAGAUAAGCUUGCUAAACAGGAAUACAGAGGUAGUUCUCCACAUAUGUUUCAGUGCAACCUUUAGACCUGCUCACAGGACAAAUCAAGUGGACAUCAGAUACAACCUGACAUUGGAUGCUGAUCUCUUGUCCUCUCGAGUGACUUCUCGAGGAUUGUUUAAAGAAAAUAAGGAGAGGUAUCUGCAGAAUAAUAUCCUAGUCCGCUCCACGGAGAACUGCAAGGAGCAUGUUUUUAAUGUCCAGGAACCUUCUGAUGCUGUCAACUCUCUUGGUGUGCGUGUCGAUAUUGGCCUCAAUAAUCCUGGUUCAAGUCCUGCUCUUGAUAAAACUUCCCCUGCAUCUGUUACUUACAGUAUACCGUUUGUUAAAGAUUGCGGUGAGGAUGAAGUCUGCAAUACGGACCUUGUGCUUGAUGUUCAACAGAAAGCAAAUAAUGGCAAACAACACUUUGUUAUCAGCAGCAAGAACAAAAGAUUGAUAUUCAGUGUGAAACUGAGAAACCAGAAGGAAAAUGCAUACAACACCAGAAUUCAAAUUGCUUUUUCCGAAAACUUGUUUUUUGCUUCAUCUUCUUCACCCGUAGAUGGAACUGAAGUUUCAUGUCAGAUGACCACUAUCCAACAGCUUGUUGUCUGCCAAAUCAGCUACCCUGUGUUUAAAACAGGCCAACAGGUAUCUUUUGAUGUUCAUUUUGACUUUAAUUUGAAAAAUCUUCAGAAUCUGGCUGUUCUGCGUUUUCAAGCUCUGAGUGCAAGCAAUGAAGAGGAUGAUACCAAUAAUCAGGCCAACCUAACAGUUCCACUUCGCUAUGAUGCAGAAGUUCACUUAACAAGGUUUACCCAAAUGAACUUUUAUGAGGUUUAUUCGCAUAACCACAUACCUUCGACGGUGAACACUUUCAAUGAAAUUGGACCUGCGUUCAAUUUUUCUGUUAAGGUCACAACAGGAAGUAUUCCAGUAAGCACGGUAUAUUUAAAGAUCCAUAUUCCAGAGCACACCGAAGGGAACAGUCCAUUGAUGUAUGUGACAGCUCUGCACACCAGUCAGGGUACUGCUAUCAGCUGUGAUGCACGGAUCAAUCCAUAUAAAAUAGGACAACAAAGCUAUAAUGUGUCAUUUAGGAAGGAGAACUUCAAAGCUAUGAAAGAACUGAACUGCAAGAAUGUCCAUUGUGCUACAAUUGCUUGCACACUAAAAGACAUCGCACUGAAAGCAGAGUAUUAUGUUAAUGUUUCUACCAGAAUCUGGAAUGGGACGUUUGCAGCCUCAGCGUUCCAGACAGUAGAGUUAUCGGCAAGUGCAGAAGUGGAUACAAACGAUCCAGAUCUAUUUGUGAUUGGAGAAAAUGCUUUAUCGAUUCCACUCACAAUAACAAAGCCCGAUGAGAAAGCAGACGUGCCGGUUGGAGUUGUGAUAGCAAGUGUCCUGGUCGGUCUCCUCUUGCUGCUAGCUGUUGUUGCUGCCUUAUGGAAACUCGGUUUCUUCAAGCGAAAAUAUGAGAAGAUGGCAAAGGAUGUGGAAGAUGCGGAUGAAAUUGCAGAACUCACUAAGGACAGAGAAUGAAUACAGCAGGAAUAGUACUGUGUACACCGACCUUCUGAUCCACAGACAUUGCUUGCAAUCACACUGGUUCAACAACUUGGGAGUGCCUUACGGAUUAUUUUAUUCUUUUUUCAAUGAAAAUAGUUGGGAAAUUUUUUUUACAGGUACUUUUAUUUUAGCAAUAACUGCUGGUCAGUUUGGGGUUUUGUUUACAAGGUUUUAAACUAUUUUUGU